AUGCUUAUGAAUACAGGUUUUUCCGCCGAUGAUCGGCAAUCUGGCGGCAACCUGGCCGACUUUGAGGCUCUUCUAGGUGGCCUCGACCAACAGCUUGGUGGCGUGGCCCUCGUGAUGGCUGUUGGCAACUAUCUCGGUAUAUUUCUCCAGUCGGACAAGAAGAUGCGCCCGUUAGCGCCCACGACUAAGCAGCCUAUGGGUGCUGCGGCAGGCGCUAUACUCUGA